AUGAAAUGGGACAUUUGUUACCCGGGGUUUAUGGUUCGAGACGGAACGGUCUUCGAGGAGUGGGGCGCGGCCGUGUCCCAAGCCUGCUCCGGGGUGGCGGUUUGCAGCGACAUAACUAAACGCACCAAGGAGCUCAUAAUUAUGGAUAACUACAGGACCCAUUAUGGCGCCUCCCUCAGGAAAAUGGUGAAGAAAAUUGAGAUCAGCCCACACGCCAAGAACACUUGCUCCUUCUGUGGCAAACCCAAGAUGAAGAGACAGGCUGUGCAGAUCUGGCACUGUGGUUCCUGCAAGAAAACAGUGGCUGGUGGUGCCCGGACCUCCAACGCCCCUUUCACCAUCACAGGCAAGUCUGCCAUCAGAAGACCGAAGGACCUGAACGACCAGGAGGAGCUCCACAAUUUGAAACAUUGCUAG